UUUAGCGUGGAAUCCCCGACAAUCUUUCUCUUUCGCACCCGCCAUUGCUCAGUCAAAAUGGACAGGGGAGCAGCGCCUCAAAAACUCGCUCGGGUGACCAAGGUUCUAGGAAGAACUGGAUCUCAGGGCCAGUGUACACAGGUCCGUGUGGAGUUUAUGGACGACAGUAACCGGUCCAUCAUCAGGAAUGUAAAAGGUCCCGUCCGUGAGGGGGACAUCCUCACCCUGCUGGAGUCUGAGAGAGAGGCCAGAAGAUUGCGUCUAGGCCAGGGGGUUACCUUAAGGACAUACAGAAAAUAUUUCUUGGAGGCGUGUUUUCUGCAACACGAGUGGGCAUCUCUGGAUGUUGUACAGGACGUUGAGGGCUGCUGGAAGAUGGCUGCUCAAACAAGACAGCAAUCUGAUCUGAGACAGCUGCUGUGCCGACCGCACUUUUGUUGAUGCAAAUGUUGUAAUAAAACACUGCUUCCAAUCUA